AUGCUGUUGUUUUCCAUAACCCUCCAAGUAAUGUCACAGAAGGAGUGUCGCAUAAAAACCAACGGCUGCAGUGUCCCUGCGGGGCUACCUUUCUUCUACAAGAAGACGUUUACCCCUGCUUGCGUGAAGCACGAUGUUUGCUACUCCUGUGUAAGAAUAUAGUCGAUGUCUAUCUACCCUACCCGUGAAAACAGCUGGUUGUUUGCAAACCGGCCAGUUGUCACAUUUGGGCAAAUCGUACACAAAAUUCAGGGUUGAAAAAAUUUUGUCCCGGAAUUGCUUUUACCAAUUGCACAAACAAGUUCCAUUUACCAAAAAAAUAGAAAUGAGAAAACCUUUUCAGACGCUCCCUUCCUUCCAGAAAUUUUUCGCUGGAACGACGCAAAAUAUCGUGUUCUAUAUUGUUUCCAACUGGACUUUCCGCAAACUUUUUGUAAAUGGUAAACACCCAAUUGUUUUUAUCGUGUUUUCGUGUUUCAACUACUUAUCCGAAAAGCCAUUUAUCUGAAAAUUUAGAUCGAAAUAAUCCAUCCUUUUAACCAAACAUAUAAGCAGAUAGUCUCCCUCGCAGCCGUUUUUAGUACCGUCACGCAACGCUCCUCGAGCGUUGCGUGACGAUACUAAAAAAGGCUGCGAGGGAGACUAAUAAGCAGAGGGAAUACAUAAGGGGGACUUUUGGGGAAAGAAUCGAAGACGUUGAGAGUAUUUUGAACUAUGAGGGAAAGGAAAUUUCAAACUGGUAUAAGGACAAUCUACUCAUGUGUAAUCAUGAAAAAUUUCAGUCGAUGAGUCUCGGGUCGAAGCAUAAAAAUAAACAGAUGAAAAUUGAUGUUGUGAACAAUGAUAUUGGGAGUCACUCUGAAAUGAAAUUACUGGGAGUGACCAUUGACGAGCAUUUGAAUUUUAGUAGACAUAUCGGAGAGGUAUGUAAAAACGCAUCUAGGAAGGUUGGAGUUUUGAUGAGGCUUAGAAACAUGUUAACAACAUCAGCCAAACUUGAGAUUUUCAUUUAUUUCAUAAUGCCUCAAAUUACAUACUAUCAUACAGUGUGGCAUUUCUGUCGGGCUUCGGACAGCAGAAAGAUGGAGCGAGUACAAGAACGAACGUUAAGAGCCGUCUUCUGCGAUAUGAGAAGUUCAUACGAUGACCUCUUGAGAAAAGCUAAACUCACGACACUAGGCUGUCGCCGAUUGUAGGAUAUAGCCAUAAUUAUGUAUAAGGCAAAGUACAAUAUAUGCCCUCCGCACAUAAAGGACAUUUUUAAGCUAGAUAAACCUCCCUAUGGGCUCAGAAAUUCUGGUGACUUUUUUAUUCCUCGAUACAACACAACAACUUACGGGAGACAGCCUGAGAUGUGUGGGACCAGUAAUAUGGUCUAAAUUAAGCAAUGAUGUAAAAAACGCAGAAUCAAUUUACAGCUUUAAAAAGAAAAUUCGUAAGGUAGAUCUUGAAAAAGUAAUCACAGAGGGAUAUAAAAACUGCUUUCUAUGUUGUACAUAAAUGACAUUUUCUAGACAAAAAGGACGCCUCUUAAUCAAUAAGUAUUAUUUUAUAUGAUAGACCCGAAUACUUUUUCUCGACAUUUUUUUUUAGUAUGUAUAUUUUUGUAAAUUCUAUUCUUCGUAAGUAUAUUUUUUAAACUAAUUAGUUAGAGCUGAUAGUAUUUUAAUUUAGUGUCCCCUAUUAGUGAGGCCUUACAUGGUCAGCUAGAAGACCUGUCACUGAAAUAAAGUUUAUCAUCAUCAUCAUCAUCGCCUGCUAAAUUCAAGAUCGCGCGCUAAAGCACUCUCAUUGGCCUAAGUCUCCCGGUCCUUGCCGAUAUCAAUAAUUAAUAUCGAUUGUGCUAAUAUCGAAUAGAAAGGCACGGCGAUAUCCCUGACGGAGAAGACGAGUAGCGUGACUGUUUUGUUACAACUAGAGAAAAUGGCGGAAGAAGUCCAUAACAACAUAGUAUCAGUCGCAAAAGCACCAAUCGGUGGAUUACAACUGCUGUCUGAAACAUGCAAAUCCAAUUUUUCGUCCAGUGUGAUCAACCUCGUCCAAUAAUUGUUAAUUGUCGUUAUCGUUACCGCUAUUGUUAUUCUCAUUACCCUUAAUUAAAAAAGAAAAACCAGCAUCUGUUUACAGUGACUGAACAUAUCCUUUGUUUUACAAUCAUUUCCCCAUAGGGUCAGCGCUUUGGUUGGACUCAAUAUCAGUGCGACAAAAGAUUUAAAAGCGAUAUGUACAGGCUAUGUGAAAAAAAGUACGGCUCCAAGAAAGGCUGGUUCUCCUGGCGAACAAAAUACAAACGGUGUAAAUUCUUUGCGCGUUUGUACUACAGAACAGUACGUGCUUUUGGCAGGUUUCACUGGGCAAAUCCAUCCGAGCGCUGGUGCCGCAAAGGCUGUACUAAAGCUCUUGGGAAUCCUUUCAAGCCUCUGAACGUUUAA